ACUAACUGAAACACAUCUAAAGCAAACAAGCCCACACAUUCAUUUUUACUCAGUCUUCUUAAUAGUGCUAAACCAAACCUCAAGAAAAUACACACACAUCUAACAAAAAAUCCAUAGCAUCACUACCUCCGGUAUUGGGAUGAAAAUAGGAGGAUGACCAUAAAGAGUGGCAGCGGCCAGGCCUGCGCUGCUUGCAAGUACCAACGACGGCGGUGCACGCCCGAGUGCCUCCUGGCACCCUUCUUCCCGGCCGACGAGCCCAAGAUGUUCCAGAACGUCCACCGCCUCUUCGGAGUCAAGAACAUCCAGAACCUCCUCAAGGAGCUCGGCCCCGACCACACCCAGAAGGCCAUCGCCAUGAAGUCCAUCAAGUACCACGCUGCCAUGCGCGACAAGUACCCUGUAUGGGGUUGCAUGUUCGAGAUCCACCAAUUAACAUACCAAAUUCAACAUGCUGAGGAAGAGCUCCAGGCUGUCCUCCACCAGCUGGCAUUCUACAGACAACAACAACAACAGCAUGAAAACCAACUGUCUUCCCAUACGGCCGACGACUACAUCUCUGACCUCCAGCUCGGGAUGGGCCCGCCCGGGAACAGCCUGGAAGCUCACUCCCACUACAACAACAACGAGGAGGCCGCCGUGGCCGACUACAACAUAAACUACAUGGAUUUUAAAGAGAUGAACAAUGUUGUGAACUCGAUGUGCGGUUAUAGUAACAACAAUAGCAACGAAAACAAUACGAACUCGAUCCUUACGCACGCGCAUCUCGUGAUGCAACAGCAGCCGAUCUCCGCCGUGGAGCACGAGGAUUAUAACGAGAUGCAGCCGUUUUUUGAUAAUAUCGAUGAUUCACAGUCUUAUAUUGGCUCCAAAGAAGUCUAUGAUCAAUCUAGGUAUAAAAUAAAAAAUAAAAAAACUACAAAUAUUGGUUUUUUAUUUUUGGUUUUGUGCACAAGAUUUGAUUUUUUGAAAUGGGAUUGUUUGAUUAUGUGCAGUUUGAGCUUGGAAUCGGCUUUCAAGGAAUCGAGACACGAUGUUGAGGAGAUUAAUGAGAAUGAGCUAAAGAAUUGAUGUGAUCCUCGUCUCGAACAAGAAGCUACACACGAGAAGAGAAAAUAUAUCUUGGCAGUUGGCUAAAAAUGAGAAGAUAAACAUGAAAGAAAAGAGAAAGAGGUACAAGUACAAGGGUGCUAGUUGAGAGAGGUGUGGGCCGCACCGAAUGCC